AGGUACACCAAGCAGUGCUCUUGAAACCUAACAGACUUAUUGUAGCAUCUGCGGUGAUGGACCCCACGCUCUCUUUAAGAGGCCGCUGUGGAAUGUGCAAGUAUCACCAAAAGCGCCUAACGCUCGACUAUAGCGUUCAAAUAUAAAUCCGCGAUGUCGGAGACUUUUUAAGCUGGGCAUGCUCAAAUCUAGCUGUCCUUUAUGGAGCUGAGGUAAACAUGGCCCGCGAGGCCCCUUCCAACUCGAUUGGGUUACUCAACAACUUUGGGUGCUGGAUUGCCGCGGGCGACUCCUUUUGAAACGGGCUCAGAAAGCAAUUGUUUUAGGAUUACCUUGUCUGGUGCAGUUGGCUUCCAAGCCUCUUUCCCCCCCCCCCUUCCCUGGGUUGACUUCACCCUUUGCGCUGGAAGGGGAGCGUUCGUCGCGAACUGGAGGGAUUCCCCCUUACCUAGUGGGCAGGCUUUGGCGGCCACAGCAGGCGGAGUCUCCUCCUCUCCUUCGGCGGAUGCCCGCAGCUUCUCUGACCAAUUCGGUUCCAGCCUAGGCCGAGCGCCGACUUAGGGAGAGCUCCCCCGCCCUCUCUCCGGUCUUCUCCAGACGAGGCUCCGCACCCUACCUUUGCAGACCCGCCUGAACAGCCGAGUGAGGAAGGAAGGACCUGCCGCCAAGAAGCUCAGGCUGGUGGGAGGACGAGGAAGGAAAGCCAGGGCGCUGCGGCGCAAGCGGCUCCAGCCACGCUGGAGUUCAGCGAAAGACCAGUAGCCCGGCGGGCACGGGUCUCCAUAGGUCGGGAUCGACUUGAAGGCAGUCCAUUUCCAUUUUACUAUCCUGGUAAAUGGUCCAGACAUCACUGAACAUGGGUUAAUUACAGAUUCUGGAAUUUGGAACUACAAAUUCUAUCUGUCAGUCAUGAAACGGAUCAUACUUGCAAUUCUCCUGGCUGCUGGAGUGAUGUAUGUUGUGCUACUCUGUAACCUGUGGAGGACAAGCAACUAUUGGUUUCCCCCUACAGAUGCAGACAGAAAAGGGCAACUAAUAGGUUGCACUUUCAAAGCUGCCAUUUCAUCUUUAAUAAAGGGGGAUAAUUUCUAUCCUUUUCUGUGCAUUAAUAAUUUUAUAAAAGUGUCUUGGGACCAUGGAAGUCACAAGCUUGACCUACCAUAUGGAAUUAGAGGAGCAGAAAGGUAUUUUCAUCUGGCACUUUCAAGACUGAAAAACUGUGAUUUAUUCACUGAAGAUGAUGGUCCAUCCUGUAAAAAAUGUGUUGUUGUUGGCAAUGGAGGCAUCCUUCGAAACAAGAGUCUGGGGGAGACAAUUGAUUCCUACGAUGUGGUAAUUAGAAUGAAUAACGGACCUGUUUUAGGCUAUGAAGAAGAUGUUGGAAGGAAGACAACGUUCCGUCUCUUUUAUCCCGAGUCUGUUUUUCCAGAUACAAUUCACUAUGACCCUAACACAACUGCAGUCCUCGUUGUCUUCAAGACCCCUGACUUAAAAUGGCUUUGGGAUCUGUUAAGUGGCCAGCAUUUAAUAAGAACAAAUGCCUUUUGGAAAAAACCAGCAACACAAAUGAUAUAUAAAGCCAACCAAAUCAGAAUCCUUGAUCCAACCAUUAUUAAGAAAACAGCAUACGAGUUCCUGCACUUACCCACAGCGCUCUCCAAGCACGAAAAACCCAAGCAUCCUACAACAGGGUUAAUUGCCAUUGCUUUUGCAUUUCAUAUAUGCAGUGAAGUUCACCUGGCAGGCUUCAAGUAUAAUUUUGAGGACCGAAACAGUUCUUUGCACUAUUAUGGUGAUGACACCAUGUCUCUGAUGAUUCAGAGUGAAUACCAUGACAUUUCUGCUGAACAAAGGUUUCUGAAGGAACUUGUGGACCGGAGCAUUGUGGUCAAUCUCACAGAAGAAUAAAUUAUGGAAGAGUAAUCGCUAUUCUCCACAAGACUGAUUGGGGGUGGGGUGGGGGGCUCUUUUUUCUAAAUUUGGACUCUUAUUUUUUUAAAGUGUUUAUAGCUAUUUGCCAAGAUAUUUAAGAAGAGACUUGUGAAAGCCAUGCUAUGCAUAUCCUCCAAGUGUAGCAAAUGCAGAAGAAUGCCUCUGCCUGGUUGAUAUUAGACCAGCAACCAAACACCCCAGUUAAUUGACACAAGUGGAUUUUAUAACAGAAGAAACAACCUUCAGCUAACAGUGGAGAUGUAUAAAAAGGGUACUGUUUUUAUUAACAAGAAAACGGUGUUUUCAGUUGCUGUUUUUUUCUUCUUCACGCUCUCCACCCACCCACCCCGUUUGCAUUUCCCAUGUGAUCACUUAUCACCAUCCUAGACCUUCAGAGGUCUACAUUUUGGAUGUGGGGAGUAUACAAAGUCCUCUGUCAAAUGUGAACAUGAGUGAAAAUGAGGGAGCUUAAAAGAGAAAUUAAAGUGUGGUGGGGCCCAUGAAUGAAUCUUCAUUCAAUUACAGGACACUUGACAUGCUGGAAGUAGUUUACGUUAUGGUUGAUUCAGUUUAGAAGACAGCUACAAGCACUGGCUUUUUUAAGGAGCUAAUGCAAACAUUCCUUAAGGAGCUACUCAAUACUUAUGAUAGAGACAGCAAAUAUAAUGGUCCACUCACAGCAUUGUUGCUUGCUGUAUACUUAAUAUGUGAGUAAUAUGGGAGGCCCGAGGUUGAUCAUCUUAUUUUCAUUGGUACUGUUAAAAUUUUGUUUGAGAGAUGAGCCUUUUUAAUUAUGGUACUACUGGUGAAGCUAAAACAGUUGCUCAGCUCUGAAAUUCCUACGUCUCAAAACAGGAAACAUAUUUUUCUACAUGAGGUAAUUCAUCUGUCUCCAAGAUACUGCAGUGGAUGCUUACAAUGUAACCUGGAGACCAAUGGUGCAUCUUCUGAAUGCUUCCAGAACUGAAGUUGUUUGUUCCAAACAGUCAGUGGUUCAGGAUUCUCUUAAAUCAUCAUAAGAAGCCAUAAAUCAAAAUUUCUGAACUACAGUACUGCAUGUGAUCUGAAAGGUAAUAAAUGUUGAGGGGUUAUGCAAGUAUGUGACAACCCUUUUCUGCUGUUCAUUUUUAGAUUAGUUGAGCAAAUACGUGACACCCUUUUGUUUUGUUUUGUUUUAAUUUCCUGCACUGUUAAGUUUCAAACGUGAUGUUGGGGUCUUUGCCUAUGAGGAAAGUCUUAAUAGCUGAGCUGCUCUUUAAAUGAUGCACAUUGUUGGUGAUUUCACUUUCACAGUUUACCAAAAACUGGCCGGAAAAUUUCAGAGAUAUCUAAGUGAAUGAACAAAGCUCACUUUACAGGCUUUCCCCUGAUGUGCCCUCUAUUUGCUUAACAGCUUUAAAGCAGGGAGAAGAAGAAGCUCAACAAAUGGUGGCCCUCCCCUGCCUGAUACCUGCCACUUAGUAUAGUAGGGCUGGAAACCAGACAGGUGCAACUCAACACGGGGGGUGGUGGCAGAGCUUCACCACCUAAUUGCUGACUGUUUUCCAGUUGUUAAGGGCUGAGGAGCCCUACUAAGAAAAAAAGAGUUGGCAAUCCUUGCAGGGAGUGUAACAUAUGUCUCUAAUUUUUGUGUGUGUUUGCACUAUUUAUCAACACUGCACAUGAAGCUUUUUCUUUAUAUGAAGAUAAAGUGAGAGCCAACGCUUCAUCUCCUUGCCUUCUGGCAUGUUGGGCUGCUGUCAGAGGUACAGACACAGUACCAGUAAAAACUGGUGGCACACCUAGAGCUGAUUAGCCUGUAAUUUUUCCAGCAGCAAAUCAGUUAAGUAAGGCCUGAUAGAACUCUAGGAUCUUUACAGGGCCAUAUUCAGAGAAGCUAAAAGAGUAAAAAAUGCCCAUGUGAUUUUUGUGUGUGCUUGUGUGCACUUGCAAAAUCCCUGUUCUUUUUAAAAACACAAAUGUUAUGUUCGCCCUUAGAAAGCUCCUCUUGGUAGAUACAAAUUCUGUUUCCAAACUUGUAGCUUCUUCCACUGGACCCACUCAACAUCCUUUCACACCCAAAUACAAGUGUGUGCUCCCAAAUUGUCUAACCCAAAGAUCACAAUGAUUCUUCUCAAGGAAGAUGAUCCUAAGUUUCUGGGUCUAUUUGGUUUUGGUUUAAAAACCCUUUUUUCAUUAAUAAGACUUUUCAGAAAACAUUUAAGGUUUCUGCUUGAUAUUCUUCUAUAAGCUACUAGUUUCUUUGCAGUGUUUGUUUAAGGCCCCCUUUUAAUAUCAUUGUUUUAUACCUACUGUAUAUAGCUUUUGACUCUGAUUUAGCAGAUAGGAGCUGACAAAUGACAUAUGUGAUAAGGCAGUUAUCUGCCCUUGGAGUACUGACUGCUUUUCUCUGUUAAAAGAAAAAUAUUUUGAUCCCAUUAUGAUUUCUGUAUACACCCAACAGCCAGUAGAAAAAAAAUAUAUACAGACAUUGACCCUGUGUGUGUGUGUGUUUAUGUAUAUUUUAGGUGAUUAAUGGAAUCCUUCUAGGGAUCCAGAGCAAGCUUGAGUGAAGUUCUGUUUGUUGCUUUCAAAACUGUCUUACACACACACACAGACACACACAGACACACAUAUAUUGUGUGUGUGUGUGUGUGUGUGUGUGUGUGUGUGUGUGUGUGUGUGUGUGUGUGUGUGUAUAUAUAUAUAUAUAUAUAUGAGAAUUCUCUCAUUGACUUGUAUCUGGAAUAGUCCUUCCCAUCUGUAAAAAGUGAACAAAAAUAAUAACAAAUGAACAAUUGUACUGUAUAGCCAGUUUGCAAAGAUAUAAAUGAGUGCAUUUAUACAUCUAAAAGCUGGCAUUCAUUUAGGAUAUGUUUGUAAACCCGUAUGUUGGUUGAUGAUUACUUUGAUUUGUCUUUCACAAAUAUACCUGUUCUUCUGUAAGGCCUCAGGUUUCUCAACUCUUUUUCAGGCCACUCUGUUCAAUUCCACUUUUAUUCUGAUACUGUUGUGUGAAGUCCCGGGGCAGACUCCAAGGGAACUCUGGGUAAAAUACAGUUGUGGAGGAGCUCCCCUGUUGCUGGGCAUUGAUAGACUGAUCAGGCAAUGGUAUCAGCCAGUCAAAGCAGCAUUCUCAGCAAUAAUGAAGCAGUCUUAUCACCAUUUUAAUAUACCACCAUGCCCUGGAGCAAUGCUAUGUCGAGGGCAUGGUGGGGAAUGUAUAUGACAGCUAGGCACCCAGGAUCCAGAGAUGGGGGGAAGCAUUCCCCCCCCAGCAAGGCAGGCAUCAGUGGUGGAUCCUGACAAGGUGCUGGGGUCCUGGCUGCUGCCCCUAUGGGUUCUACAACAGUGCUUGUGCGUAGCCAGUGUGACUGUGCAAGAUUUUGAUUUCUCCAGAUGCAAUGACACUUGAGGAGGUUUCCUUUCUUAGCACAUACUUCAUAGCAGGUGUGGGGACCCUUUGCCCCUCCAGAUGUUGCUGAACUACAACUCCCACCACCCCUGACAGUUGGCCAUGUUUGCUGGGACUGAUGGAUGUUGUAGUUCGGCAACAUCUGAAGGGCCAAAGGAUCCUCGCACCUCCUUCUUAGUUUUAAGUGAUUAACUGUAGUACUACUGUGAAAUCUAAAGUCCUGCAUCAAAAAACACCAUUUUAUUUAACUCAUCCCACUAUUUUAAAAGUGAAGUCCUUUGACUUUGCCAAGUGGUAUAUUGGGGUUAACUACUAUUCUUGAACUUCAUUUUUUCUCAGUUAGUAUAAUGAUUUAGGAGAAUACUGGAAUAUGAAAAUGGAUCAGAUUUACACAAAUGAUUUCAGUAUUUUGGUUCUGAUGUACUAAUAUCAAACUUGUGAAUAUCAAGCAGCAGGCAUAAUUGUGGCCUGAAAGAUAAGUUUAAAUAGUGUAAUUAUUACAUUAUUGUAGACCUUAAAUGUUUCUUUUGUAUCCCCCAAAGCCUUCUUACCUUUCUUACAAUUUAAAAUGUAGUAUUUUUAGUGUGUGUGUAUGUGUAAAUUCCUGUCUUGAUAAAUGAAAAUAUUGAUGACUUUUCAAUUUUGUUUCACCUGGAUGCAAAUUUUGAGACCCAUUGUUAUUUUUUGUUUAAAGUGGAAUUUUCAAUGUUGUAAAUAUAAAGAGACUUAUUUUUGUUAUAAUAAACACAUUAAAAUGC